CAUCCGCGCAGCGGUCCCGAUACGUCAGAGACGCCCGAGCGCACCGCCGGGCGGGACGAUGAAGCGGAGGGACACCUGAGCGCGUCGCGACGAUGGACGGCAGAGGAAGACGAGGAACCGACGGCUCCUUUAAGCGCUCCUCCAUCAAACGCAGCGCCUCGUCUGGAUCGCAGAGGCUACAGAGAGCUUGGAUCGAGAAAACCUUUCAGAAGAGAGAAUGUGCGCACAUCAUCACCGGAAAAGACCCCAGCAGGUGCGGCUGCGGCCAGCCGGUGGCGCAGCACUCACCGUCGGGUGACGGGCAGGGGCCGGGCGAGGAGGGGCGGGUGGACGGCCCCCCGGUGCGACUGGAGGUCCAGGCCAAGGAGCGCUGGAGCCCCCUCAAGCACACGCGGGCCUCGCCCACCGACGCCUACGGUGUCAUCGAGUUCCAGGAGGGCGGACACGUCAACAAGGCCAUGUACAUCCGCGUUUCCUUCGACACCAAGCCCGAGUCACUGCUGCAGCUGAUGGUUAAGGAGUGGUCGCUGGAGCUCCCCACGUUGCUCAUCUCGGUGCACGGGGGGCUGCAGAACUUCGAGCUGCCGCCCAAACUGCGGCAGGUCUUCGGACGCGGCCUGAUCAAAGCCGCCGUCACCACCGGCGCCUGGAUCUUCACCGGCGGCGUCAGCACCGGCGUCAUCCGGCACGUGGGCGACGCCCUGAAGGACCACUCGUCCAAGUCUCGCGGCAAAGUGUGCGCCAUCGGCAUUGCGCCGUGGGGCAUCGUCGACAACAAGGACGACCUCCUCGGCAGGGAUGUGUCGCGUCCGUACGGGACCAUGGGCAACCCGCUGAGCAAGCUGGCGGUGGUCAACAGCAGCCACUCGCACUUCAUCCUGGCCGACAACGGCACGAGCGGCAAGUACGGCGCCGAGGUGCGCCUUCGCCGACAGCUGGAGAAGCACGUGGCAUUGCAGAAGAUCAACACGCGUCUGGGUCAAGGUGUCCCCGUGGUGUGCCUGAUCUUGGAGGGGGGGCCCAACGUUAUCUCCAUCGUGCUGGAGAGCUUGCGGGAGGAGCCCCCUGUCCCCGUGGUGGUGUGCGACGGCAGCGGGCGAGCGUCCGACAUCGUCUCCUUCGCGCACAGAUAUUGCCACGACGACGGGUCUGUGAGCGAGAGCGUGAAGGAGCAGCUCCUGGUCACCAUUCAGAAGACCUUCAACUACGGUCGCAGCCAAGCGCAGCAGAUCUUCCUCAUGGUCAUGGAGUGCAUGAAGAAGAAAGCUCUGAUCACCGUCUUCCGCAUGGGCAGCGAAGGCCAGCAGGACAUCGAGAUGUCCAUCCUCACCGCGCUGCUCAAAGGCACCAACGCGUCGGCGUGCGACCAAUUGAGUUUGGCUCUGGCGUGGAAUCGCGUGGACAUCGCUCGCAGUCAGAUCUUCGUGCACGGACACCACUGGCCGCCGGUGACCCUGAGCGAGCGCCCCAAAAGUCCGGCGGCCCAGCGCGCGGCGGCGGCGGUGCCGGCCAAGGGGAAAGCCCGAGGGAAGAAAGGAAAGGCGGGGAAAAACAAAGCGGAACCCCCGGAGGAGACGGACCCCAGGAAGUUGGAGCUGCUCGGCUGGGUAACGCCAGGGUCCCGUCCGUCCGUCUCGAGCGCCGGCCGCAAAGCGUCGUCGACGACGGUGUCCCCCGCAGGUCAACUCUCUGGAGCAGGCCAUGAUGGACGCGCUGGUGUUGGACCGCGUGGACUUUGUGAAACUUCUCAUCGAGAACGGCGUCAACAUCCAUCACUUCCUCACCAUCCCCCGUCUGGAGGAACUCUACAACACGAAGCUGGGGCCCGCCAACACGCUGCACUUUGUGGUCCGAGAUGUCAAGAAGGUGAGUCGGACGGCGACGCCCGAGACGGUAGCCGACGCGACCGACGAAUUCCGCGACGCGUUCAGGGGAACCUCCCUCCGGACUACCAGAUCACCUUGAUCGACAUCGGAUUGGUUCUGGAGUUCCUGAUGGGCGGAGCUUAUCGCUGCAAUUACACCAGGAAGACCUUCAGGACGCUCUACAACAACCUGUACGGCCUGAAGAGGCCCAAAGCCCUGAAGCUUCUCGGCAUGGAGGAUGACGAGCCUCGUCCCAAGGGCAAGAAGAACAAGAAGAAGGAGGAGGAGGUGGACAUCGACGUGGACGACCCCGAGGUGAGCCGCUUCCAGUACCCCUUCCACGAGCUGAUGGUGUGGGCCGUGUUGAUGAAACGCCAGAAGAUGGCGCUCUUCUUGUGGGAGCGCGGCGAAGAGGCCAUGGCUAAAGCGCUGGUGGCCUGCAAGCUCUACAAGGCGAUGGCCCACGAGUCGUCCCAGAGCGAGCUGGUGGAUGACAUCUACCAGGAUCUGGAGAACAAUUCCAAGGAAUUUGGCCAGCUGGCCUACGAACUUCUGGAACAGUCGUACAAACGCGACGAGCAGGUGGCCAUGAAGCUGUUGACCUACGAGCUGAAGAACUGGAGCAACUCCACCUGUCUCAAGCUGGCCGUGGCCGCCAAACACCGAGACUUUAUCGCCCACACGUGCAGCCAGAUGCUGCUCACCGACAUGUGGAUGGGAUGUCUACGCAUGGGCAAGAGCAAUAGCCUCAAGGUGAUUUUAGGAAUCGUCUUUCCUCCCGCCAUCCUCCUGCUGGAGUUUCGCAUCGGCGACGAGACGUCCUUCCACUCGUCCAAGGAGAACGAGAGCGGCAGAGGCAGAGACGACGACAACAAGUCUGGCAAAGACGCCGGUUCCAACGUGGACGCCGUGUCCAAGAAAGGAGACGAGGAGGACAACCAGAAGAAAGGGGGCAAGAGGGUUCCCGUCGGGAGGAAGAUUUACGAGUUUUACAACGCUCCCUUCACCAAGUUCUGGUUCAACACGAUCUCCUACCUGGUGUACCUGAUGCUUUACAACUAUAUCAUCCUGGUGAAGAUGGAGCGCUGGCCCUCGCUCCAGGAGUGGAUCGUCAUUUCCUACAUCAUCACGCUGGGCCUGGAGAAGGUCCGACAGAUCCUGAUGUCAGAGCCAGGGAAGCUGAAGCAGAAGAUCAACGUUUGGCUGGAGGACUACUGGAACAUCACGGACCUGGUGGCCAUCUGGGUUUUCGUGCUGGGCCUGUUGCUGCGGCUGCAGAACGAACCCUACAUGGGCUACGGUCGCGUCAUCUACUGCGUGGACAUCAUCUUCUGGUACAUUCGCGUGCUGGACAUCUUUGGCGUCAACAAGUACCUGGGACCCUACGUCAUGAUGAUCGGGAAGAUGAUGAUCGACAUGUUGUACUUUGUGGUGAUCAUGCUGGUGGUCUUGAUGAGCUUCGGCGUGGCGCGCCAGGCCAUCCUGCACCCGGACGAGGAGCCCACUUGGCGCCUGGCGCGCAACAUCUUCUACAUGCCCUACUGGAUGAUCUACGGCGAGGUGUUUGCCGACUCCAUAGACCGUAAGACUAGAAUUCAUAUUUACGCCAUGGAGAUCAAUCCUCCGUGCGGGGACAACAUGUACGACGAGGACGGGAAGAAGCUCCCCCCGUGUAUCCCGGGCGCUUGGCUGACGCCGGCCAUCAUGGCCUGCUAUCUGCUGGUGGCCAAUAUCCUUCUGGUGAACCUGCUCAUCGCCGUCUUCAACAACACGUUCUUUGAGGUGAAGUCGAUAUCCAAUCAAGUGUGGAAGUUCCAGCGCUACCAGCUGAUCAUGACCUUCCACGACCGGCCCAUCCUACCGCCUCCCCUCAUCGUCUUCCCGCACGUCUUCAUCGUCCUAAAGCGCCUCUGCUGCCGGUGCCUGCGUGGGCGGCGACCGCGCCGCGACCGCGACGACAACCAGAGACGCCUACAGCUCCUGCUGGGCGCGGACGAGCUGAAAAGUCUCCACGAGUUCGAGGAGCAGUGCGUGGACGAGUACUUCCGAGAAAAGGACGACGAGAAGCAGUCGUCCAACAACGAGCGCAUCCGCGUCACCUCCGAGAGAGUGGAGAACAUGUCGAUGCGCCUGGAGGAAGUUAACGAGCGCGAGCACUCCAUGAAGGCGUCCCUGCAGACGGUGGAUCUCCGGCUGGCGCAGCUGGAGGAGUUUUCGGCCCGCAUGAUGGGCGCUUUGGAGAAGCUGGCGGGCGUGGAACCGCCCGCGGUAGCCGCCCGGGACGCUUUGGCGGCCCGCGACGUCUCGCCGUGCCGCCGCGGCAGCUUCGCCAGCGCCGACGGCGGGAGCCUCUACCGCUUUCGGUUGGAACACGACGCCGGCUUCGAUGCCGGCGACGCCGCCUCGGUGACGGGGAGUCCGGAGAGACGGCGCCCCGAUCUCGCCGCGCCCUCUCCGGGCGAGGUCCGAUCCACGCCGGACGGGGCUCGUCGCUCCGUCCGCUCUCCGUCCAACGUGGACAUCCGGGUCUCGCCUUGCCACGGCGACCGGGUAGAGGCGGACGACGACGACGACGGCGGCAAGUUCCCCGCGCUCCGAUCCAAGAGCCUCAACAUUAACGCCAGGAAGAGAAGUGAGGAGCGGCCGCGCGCCGCCGCCAGCCUCGUCGACCUCGUCGACAUCGAUGGGCGGCGAGAAUAGCUCUAAACAGAGUGUGUCUAAACUUUGUUCUCCAAGCUUACAGAAAAAUCAAAUGAUGCCACUUGAGAGUUCGGAUAGCGCUCAAUGGCAGACAAAGUAGGUGAACCCAAAAUGCCCCAAAUUUAUUAUGAAAUCACCAAAAAUCUAAAAGAAGUGACCCAUGGGAGAACAAGGCAUCCCCCCGUAACUUCUCCAGAAAUGACAGUUUGGUUUUUUUUGACUAUUCACAUGCAGUGGGAAGGAUGACCACCAGGAGCAGUGAGGCUCUGCCUUACGUGCCUACGCUAACGGCACGCGAUACAAUUUGAAAUUUGAGCCGUUUCUGCCAUUUGAAAUGAUUGGGGGUCAUUUGGAAGGGGGGGGGGGGGGUCGUCAAUAAAUCAACGUUGCAACCAUUAACGUUAGGUCAAAGAGGAGCCUGCGUCAGUCACAUCAAUUUUUGGAGUAUGUCCAAGUUGGAAUACGGUCAAAAGGCGUCAGCCGGGAUGGGCGAUGCGCCAAAAAAGCCAACAAAAAACUAAUACUGUAUAUAUUUUAUUGAGUGAAACAAAAGUACGACCAAGUAUUUUGGCCAAAGAGGGAAAAAAAAGGGACUACGAGGGAAAAAAAGAGAGAAUAUUAGGGGAAUAAAGUCAUACAUUGUUAUUAGAGAUUUGCCGAAAAUGGCUAAAAAUGCGUUGCUAUUUUCGACGCAUCGCUCGUUGUAAUAUGACAAGAUUAAUUCUAUUCUAUUAUUACAAGUUUAAAGUAGCAAUGUUGCAUAACUUUACUAAUACUACGAGUUCGGAUUAGUGGCAAUGUUCGGUAACUUUAUGUCAUUUGACAAAAAAAUAGUCAUGAAAGUGGUAAUAUGAGAAUAAAAUGAUACAUUUUAAUAUUACAAAAUUAAAGUCGUAAAAAUACGAGAAAGUUAUUUUAAUCAUGACUAGAUUGUCAUAUUACGAGAAAAACAGUUUUGGUAUAAUAUUUAUGAAUGUAGUGCGGCUAAUUGAGUUAGCUGCUACGUACUUUAAGUAGCGCAGAACUGGCACUAUUAAAAUCCACACUAUUGAGAGCAAGUCGUGUUUUUGGUUUUACAAAUCAGGAAAUCAUUCAUCUUUUGGCACAAUAAAUUAUAAUCCAUAGAAGGAUUUAAAACAAAUGGCUCCUAAUUCAUUUGUCCACUGUCACGGAGGCGGUUCAGAUCGACGUCAAGUACGUCGCAGGUAAUUUAGCUACUUUAGCUGUAUUGCAUCCAUACAUAUUAUGUCAUGUAAUAUAAUGACUUUUUUUUUAAUGACUUCAUUCUGCAGUCCUAUUUGUUUGGCCCUAAUACUCAAUAUGUGAGUGUGUGUAUAUACAUUUUAUAUAUAUAUAUAUAUAUAUAUAUAUGGCGGAAAACAGAGAGAAGACUGAAAAAGCAGUUUCUGCUCUUGCACACCUCUUUAAAAGAAACUGCUGUCUUUUAAGCCAAAACAACUGUUGUGUUUGAUAGAACAAUAUGUCUAUAUGCUGCCAUAGCGGAUUCAUGGCACAUUAAGCCCCCGAACUAUUUUGAAUUUGUCCAUUUUACCCUGAAAACCCCCGUUUACAGAUGUCGUGCAACCGCUUUUGUUUCAACCCAGCCAUAAAACGAAGGUAAUUCAUGAUAUUUUUGAUUCAAAAUGUCUCAUUUUUUGCUUAUAAUCAUUCAUUGAUGUCUAUUUUUUUUUUUUUUUAAACGACUUUAAAAAAUUAUUCACACAUAUUUUAAACUUUUAAACAAAUGUCACAAUGAAAAAAUGGCGUCUGUAAAAAAGUCACGUAUAUCUACCUCAUAACUAUGGCUUAAUUGUAUUUUUUUGUUAGUCGCAUUUUCUCUGAUAUGUUAAAUGAUAAAUAAGUGAGCCAAACAAAAAGUUGAAAAAAAUUGUUUAAAAGGGUAAAUAUAUGAAAACCUCGACCACUCCUUGAUGUCUGCAAUUUCUGCAUCGCAACCCUUGUUAUAUGACCAUGUUUCACCCAUACGAUAAAAAAAAAAAAAAAAUCCAGCUGUGGCUUGACACUCAGUGAUACAUGCUACAUGGAGUUUUUGUAUCGAAACAGAGUAAGAACGUCAUGGCGUCUGUAAUUCUGUUCUCGUGUGCUCUCACCUCCAGAUAGGGCUUUGCUGUUUAAAAAAUAUUUUUAAAAAAUGCCCUCCAGCUCAAAAUUUUUCUUCCCCUAGAAAAUUGAGAUUUGAAGCUUUCCAGUGAUGUAUCACACAUGCGGAACUUCAAAUCACCG